AUGAAGACUAUUCCAGCACCUCGAGGAAAUAAGCAUAAGUAUUUUGCUCAACAACAAGAGAGCGCAAGAAAAGAUGUUGAGCGAGCUUUUGGCGUGCUGCAAGGUCAAUUUGCGAUUGUUCGUGGACCAGGACGUUUCUGGCAACCUAGUGUGCUGAAAGACAUCAUGACAGCUUGCAUCAUAAUGCAUAACAUGAUCGUUGAAGAUGAACGAGAUUGUCAAUUGGACAACAACUUCGACUUUAAUGAUUUGAUACCAGUCGUUGAACCUUCUCAUGUGCGGACGGUGACUCUAACUGAGUUCAUCCAAAAUCAUCAUCGGAUCAGGAACACGCAAACACAAAAAUCACUAAAAAAUGAUUUGAUCGAGCAUCUGUGGCAGCUCAAGGGAUCCAUCGCCGAGGAUUAA